AUUUUCUCAUUGGCGCUUGAGGAAUUCAAGUGAACAUUUUUUUUACUGUUUUUCUAAAUUUUUGUUUUGUUUUGUUUUUCUAUCAACAAAAUCAAUUAAUUAUGUACGAUGGUGAGAUAAUUAGUUUACCUUUAGACGAUGAUUAUCCCUUUGAUCUUGUGCCUCUCGAUUACAUCGAGGGUAAUAAUGAAAUUGAUUCCGAUGCAUGUGAUUACCAUCUUAUGGACAGAGUUGCUGUUGAAAGUGAUGCUGUUGAUGAUAAUUUUAUCGAAAUUAGUAAACCCGUUGACCAAUCAAUCGCUAUCUGUCCAAAUUAUCAUCAAGACGAAGAAAAUAUAGACAUUUAUGAUAGAGAUGAUACUCAAUUUACCGACAUCGAUAGCUUACCAAAGUCAAUUGCUGGUUGUGUUAAACUCAAUGAAAAAUAUCUCGAAUCAUUGAUCGAUUUCAAAAAUAAUCUGGAAGAGAAACUUCAAGCUAAUCUAAUGAUGCAACAGGAAUUACUGGAGAGUCAAGCUCUAGCGAAUGAUCAUAUUUAUCCUAAUUCAUUACUUAAAUUUUUGGCUCCUUAUUUUCGUGAUAGACGAGACUAUGCUGCCGAUGAUAAUGAUGAUACUAAAAGUCGUAAAGCAACUGGUUGUAUUAAUCCUUUUUACCUUCGAUACAAAAAACCUUGGAAAGAUUCAGAUAAAUUGUAUUUAACUUCAUCCGUUCAAAACUGUGUUGACAAAAAGGAGUUGGAACCUCUUACAAUUCAAAAGAAUAAUUUACUCGCAGAAAUUAAUAAAUUGAAAUCACAAGAAGCAAGUCAAGAUAUUAUUGACGAAAAGACUGAUAAGAUGAAAACUCUUGAUGAUCAGAUUGAAUUGGUCCGUAGUGUUUCAAAUAUACCUUCAAGGGAACACAGUGAGGAUAUUGAUUGGCUUGAAGUUGCUCAAAAUUGUCCAUCACUUUAUGAUGAAUUUGACUGUGAAAUUAGAUGGACAAACUUUGAACAUCCUGAGAUUAAUCAUGAUAAAUGGUCACAAAAGGAAGAUGAAGAUUUAAAAAGUUUGGCUCAAAGGUUUCACUAUGAUUGGGAUAAGAUUGCUAAAAAUUUGGGAACCAAAAGAGUAGCCUGGCAAUGUUGCCAAAGAUACCAAUCAAAAUUAAGUGAGACAAUUAUAUCUUCCGGACGUUUUACUAAAGAGGAAUCAAAGUUACUUUAUUACCUGAUUGACAAAUUAUCUGUCGGUGAUCAUAUUCCCUGGACUCAAGUCCGAUAUUUCAUGGGUUCACGUUCAUUGCCACAGAUAAAAAAUUAUUAUAAUAAGAGUCAAAUUUUACGUCGAGGUGCUAAAUGGACUGAAUUGGAAGAUAAAGUUUUAUUGGCUGCCGUUAGAAAAUGUGGAGUUCACAAGUGGAAAUCAGUUGCUGAAUAUAUCCCUGGACGGAGUAAUAUGCAAUGCCGAGAAAGAUACAUGCUUAGAUUGGGAAUUAAAGAUCGUAAAUUAGGUAAUUGGACUUUUUUCGAAGAUUUAAAAUUAGUUAGCAAAGCUCCGAAGGAAAAUUUCCGCUGGGUCGAUGUGAUGGCUCAUCUAACUAAACGAAAUCCUCGCCAAAUCGCCGCAAGAUAUGAUACAAUUGAGAAACACAGAGUCACUAAAACGAUAGAAACUUCUAAAGAUCUAAGAGAUUUGGUUCCUCGAAAUAGACCUUAUGGAAAACCCCCUCCUAAUCUUGAAUUUGUUCUAGAAGAAGGACAAUCACUUGAUGAUUUCCUUCGAGAGGGUAAAAAGCAGCUUGAAAUCGCAGUAAACGAUGGCACCUACCGAGCGAAACUAAGCCGACCUGGAGUUGGUGGUCGAAAAAAGAAACCCGAAACCGAAGAAAGAAUCGAACAACAACUUAUUCAACAAUUUAGUCUUUACUCUUUAAUGGGAAAAAUUAGUAAACCAACAAAGAAAAUUGCUCGAGUUGCUCAACAAACAAUGUUAUUCGAUGUUCUGGAAAAUAUUCUAACUGAUUAUUUCGACGGUAAAUUACCCGAUGAACCUCAUUUACUAUCCAAAGUUAUAUCUUCUGUCUUGCGAAAACAAGUGAUCGGAGUGAACACCGAAAAGCUUAAUCAUUGUCCACCAAUUUUCCCACCAAACAUCAUAACAACUCAAUCUUAUCAAGUUUUACUAAACAUGAGAGCAGGAUUGAAGCAACAAUUAGCUGAUUACAAUUAUGAUACUAGUCAACAUGUUUGGGACUCAAAUUACAGGACAUUAGUUGGAUUAAUUGUUUCUCUCUAUUUUUGGCCUUGUCUUCUUUCAAAAAAUCAACCCAAAUCAAUGAAACCACCAUCCGAUUCAACCCAAUCAACAAUUCCAACAUCACCAACAGAAUCAUCAUCAUCUUCAUCUUCAUUAGCGAUCUGCAAACCAUCAAAAUCUAAACCAAAAAAGCGGAAAAAAUGUCAAUCGUCAAAUAUUGGACAUUGUAAUGAUUCAAGAGAAAAACAAAGAUAUUUAUUCAAAAAUUAUGAGAAUUAUUUAGCUAAAAGUAAUUCUUAUGAGGAUUAAAACAUUGACACAAUUUAAAGAGAUCAAAAUUUCAAUUCAUCCUAAGCUUGACCAUCUCGAAUCGCCAACAUCUAAUCAAUUUUAUUUUUUAUGAUAGUUUAAAAACACGAGCGAUUAGUUAUUGAAUCGUCUUAAUUAAGUGAACCAAAUGACUAUUUUUUGUUUGUUUUUGUUUAUAUGUAACAGGCUCGUAUGAAUGUUUUUUUAUUAACAAUUAAUAGUAAACAUAA